AUGGAACAUGAGCCCGCCAUGCAUUGGGCUGAUCAUCCCCACAAUCCCUUCAAUUGGCCCAGUGGGAAAAAAUGGAUGGCCAUGUUGACCUCCUGCUGGGUCACCUUCAUUGUGGGAUUGAAUGCCACAUCGAUCACAACUGCGGCAGAGUCUAUCUCGGAGGAGUUCAACCUGGGGAAUGGGUUUGAGUACAACUUCUUUGCCGUAACGGCGUGGAAUGCGGCGGCCGCGGUGGUGCCUCUUGCCACUCUGCCUUUGAUGGAUACGUAUGGGAUGAGAAAUGGUUAUGUGGCGGCAUACAUUCUGUUCACUAUCUUCAUCAUACCCCAAGCUCUGGCGCAUAAUUUCGCAACACUCGUCGUCAGCCGGGCUAUCGCAGGCGCUUUCGGAGGGACCCUACAAAAUUGCGCAGAUGGCCUGGCGUCAAACAUGUUCCUGGACCAUAAAGAUCGCGUAUUCCCGCUGACCCUGUAUGCAUUCACGUUGCUAUUUGGCGUGACUAUGGGACCAGUCCUCGGUGCGGCGGUAGAGCCACUAGGAUGGCGCUGGGUCUUCUGGAUCGAACUGAUCCUCUACGGGGCAUGCAUCCCACUUGUCGUCUUCUGCAUGAAAGAGACCCGCGGGCCCAUUCUACAAGCGAAACUGAUGCACGAGGAAUCCGACAAAUCCGCCGUCCACAGCUUCAAAGACACCAUUCUCCGGUCCGCCUUGCUGCUGACCACCGAGCCGACGGUCACAUCCUUCACUGUCUGGUCCGCCUUCGCCUUUGGGCUGGUGUUCAUCUCCACGCAGUCCAUUCCGAUCGUGUUUAGCGGCACCUACAACUGGCCUUCCUACACCGACGGCCUCGUGCAGGCCUCCAUCGGCAUCGGCCAGAUCGUCGGUUUCAUCGCCUGUCUCUUUCAGAACCGCAUCUACACCAACAGCGCUGCUGACAACCCGGAAACCCCAGACAUCCCAGUCCCGGAAUAUAUCCUGCAUCUUUCGAUCCCAAGCACGUCUUUCGCUCUCGCCGGCGGACUGUUCAUGUACGGCUGGUCGACGUACCAAACGCACUGGAUCGUCCCAGCCAUCGGGCUCGGUCUGAUCGGGUACGCCAUCAUGGUCAUCGUCACGGCCGUCAGCAUCUACGUGACAGAUUCCUACGCGGGAUUCGCCGCCAGCGCCAUCGCGGCCGUUGCUUUUGGGGAGAACAUCUUUGCAGCGUUCCUCCCGCUGGCGGCCAAGCCCAUGUAUUUGCGAUUGGGGUACCAGUGGGCAAGCAGUCUGCUGGCUUUUGUAGCGGUGGCGCUGACUCUGGCUCCGGUGGUGUUACUCUGGAAGGGCAGGACAAUUCGAGCGAAGAGCAAGGCGAUUCAGAAAAUGUCACAUUCA